UUCGCCCAAAAAAAUUUCGAAUCAGGUGAAGCCACCGCACCGCAUCCGCUGUUCGCACGGCGGCUCUCCCCUCUCACGUCGCCUUGCCCCCCGUCGCGCCUCGCCGGAACCCUACACCCCACUCCCCGGAUCGAGGCGGCGGCGGCGGAGAUGGUGAGCGCGCUCGCGGGGCUGCAGGACCACCUCAAGCUCGCGCGGGACUACGCGCUCGAGGGCCUCUACGACACCUCCAUCAUCUUCUUCGACGGCGCCAUCGCCCAGAUCAACAAGCAUCUAACUACAUUGGAUGAUGCUCUGGUUCGCACAAAAUGGAUGAACUGUAAGAAAGCUAUAUGUGAUGAAGUAGAAAUCGUGAAACAGCUGGAUGCUCAAUUAAAGGCCUUUAAAGAAGCUCCUGGGGCAAAGCGGUCCUCAUCACCUCCUAUUCGCUCUAAUAAAUCCUUUGUUUUCCAACCAUUGGAUGAAUAUCCAACAUCAUCACCAGCUCCCUUUGAUGAUCCUGAUGUCUGGGCGCCACCAAGAGAUACACCAAAUCGAAGGACAGCACGAGGUCAAUCUAGUGCAAGAAAAUCCUCCCAAGAUGGAGCUUGGGCACGGGGUCCAUCAAAGGCUGGAACACCUAGUCGUGGUGCAAAACCUAAUGGAAGUAAAGGGAACUCUAUGGCAGGAUCAUCAACUGCCUCUAACACUGGUGGGAGGAAAGGGAAGUCAAGUUCAAGCAAGGCUGAUUCAGCGAGUAGCGAUGCUGAAGAAGGCAAGUCCAAGAAGGCGCAAUAUGAAGGACCAGAUAUGGACCUGGCUGCCAUGCUUGAAAGGGAUGUUCUGGAUUCUACCCCAGGUGUUAAAUGGGAUGAUGUUGCAGGACUUAGUGAGGCCAAAAGACUCCUUGAGGAAGCAGUUGUACUUCCUCUGUGGAUGCCUGAAUAUUUCCAGGGUAUUCGCCGACCUUGGAAAGGGGUUCUAAUGUUUGGUCCACCUGGUACUGGAAAGACUCUUCUAGCUAAGGCAGUAGCUACAGAAUGUGGCACAACAUUCUUCAAUGUUUCUUCGGCAACUCUGGCUUCUAAAUGGAGGGGAGAGAGUGAGCGCAUGGUCCGCUGUUUAUUUGAUCUUGCAAGGUUCUAUGCCCCAAGUACAAUCUUCAUUGAUGAAAUUGACUCCCUCUGCACAUCUCGAGGAGCUUCUGGUGAGCAUGAAUCAUCAAGGAGGGUGAAGUCUGAACUUCUAGUUCAAAUAGAUGGUGUAAAUAAUAGUUCUACCACUGAAGAUGGUCAACCGAAAAUAGUUAUGGUUCUGGCAGCUACCAACUUUCCAUGGGAUAUUGAUGAAGCACUGAGACGGAGGCUGGAGAAGCGUAUUUAUAUUCCACUUCCAAAUUUUGAAAGCAGAAAGGCACUCAUCAACAUUAAUCUUAAAACUGUUGAGGUUGCUACUGAUGUUGACAUAGAUGAAGUUGCACGGAGGACAGAAGGCUAUAGUGGUGACGACCUUACAAAUGUUUGCCGUGAUGCUUCUAUGAAUGGUAUGAGACGAAAAAUUGCAGGCAAGACCCGUGAUGAGAUUAAGAAUAUGUCAAAAGAUGAGAUCUCAAAAGACCCAGUGGCUAUGUGUGACUUUGAGGAAGCUCUGGCCAAGGUUCAGAAGAGUGUAUCACCCGCUGAUAUAGAAAAACACGAAAAGUGGAUGGCGGAGUUUGGGUCUGCUUGAACUCUUCGUUCGGUUCCUAUUCAAAGCUGGUGCUCCUUGGUUGUUUGUGUUCGCUAGUAUUUCAUUCAUUUGUACGCUGUUACGUUGUUUCAACGGCCUUAAUGUUGAUCAGUUGUAUCAGGGGCCCCUGCGCCGGUGUUGUAUCAUAGAGACAAACCAGACGGCAAACCGGCAUCCUCAUCUUUUCGUGGUUGUUUGUGCUCAUAAGCCAAAAUAGAAUUUUUAAUUUUGAUU